AUGGAGGCCACCGCGGUGCCGAGGGCUCUGUCCCUCCUCGGGCCAUCGCUGCCGCCUCCUCGGAUGCGUAUGAACUUCCAACGCGUAGACGUUGGAGGAGGUGUGAGGCGGCGGGGGGCCGUGGCAGUCUGGGCGAAGAAGAAGAGGGGGAGGGGCGGGGACGGCGAGGCGCAGGAGCGGGUGGACACGCACAGCUUCGCGCCCAAGGCGGGCGAGUCUGCCGGGCUGUUCCCUGAGGCCGUCCUGCUUAGAAAGAAAAUGGUGAGAGAGGAUGGUCAGGUGUCACCAGAAUUUGCUGAUGCAGACGAAGAAAAGCUGUAUGAUUUUCUUAAUAUUCAGCUAGAAAGUGAUUUAAAUCUGAAAAGAAUGCGGCACUAUGAAGUAGUUUAUCUAAUUCAUGAGGACCGUGUUGAAGAAGUUGAAAAUGUUGUAUCAAAAGUACAAGAUGAGGAGGAAGAGGAAGAGGAUGGGGAUGCUAGGAGUGAGCUAGAGUCUGCCAAUUAUGAUGAGGAUGAUGUUGAAGCCGAUGAUGAGCCUGAAAUUAUUUAUGUUGAUGAAGCUGAUCAGGAUAAUUACGAAGACACUAGAAGAAGAAACAGAAAACUAAAGGUGAAGAAGUAUACAUCAGAGAAGUUUUGUAUUGGUUGGAGAGUCCAUAUUUCUUUUGUUCACAACUGA